AUGACUGUUCCUCUCUAUAAAUACACCCUUGGCUUCAUUGAAUGCAAAGAAACAGAUACUAUUCUCUUCCUCAACCGCGAGAAACCUCCACACAUGGGAAAGUGGAAUGGUGUUGGCGGCAAGCUAGAACCAGGUGAGUCCUCCUUGGAGUGUAUUAUCCGAGAAACCAAAGAAGAGACGGGUCUCGUUAUAGACAAUUAUAUAUCAAGAGGAGUUUUAAGAUGGUUCAACAAAGAGGAGGACUUAGGAGGUGUGUACUUGUUCACCGGAAGUGUUCUGAAAGAGGUUUGCAACAACUACAAAACCCAGUCUACUAGAGAAGGUAUAUUGGAGUUCAAGAAGAGGCAAUGGGUAUUACAUCCUCAGAAUGUUGGAGUUGUGGAUAACAUCAAAAUGAUCUAUGAAGAAAUGGAGCAGGCCAAUGAGCACAAUGUUUUUGUCGCUCAGUACGAUGGCCUAACCUUCUUGAAAGGGUACAAGUUGAAAUAG